UCGUCUCUCCCUUUUGAUCUUUUGAUCUCCAACGAUGGCUUCCACCGUCGCCGCCGCCUUGACCGACGUCACCACAGUUCCUCGUUUCCCGAAAUACCCCUUCUGCUUUACCAAAACACACUCCGUCCUUCCCAGAAUACCCCUGAAACCCGUUCCCAGAACGCCCCUCUCCAUCGUCUCUGCCCUUCCUCAACACCAAACCCCCAUCCCCACCUCCCCCGCUAUUCCCCACCGCUUCUCCCCCGACGAGCCCCGCAAGGGUGCCGAUAUUCUCGUCGAAGCCCUCGAGCUCGCUGGUGUCACCGAUGUCUUCGCCUACCCCGGCGGUGCCUCCAUGGAGAUCCACCAAGCCCUCACCCGCUCCCCGAUAAUUCGAAACCAUCUUCUACGGCAUGAGCAAGGUGAAUCCUUCGCCGCCGAGGGCUAUGCCAGGUCCACCGGCCGCCCCGGCGUCUGCAUCGCCACAUCCGGUCCUGGCGCGACCAACCUCGUCUCCGCCCUGGCUGACGGCCUUCUCGAUUCCGUCCCCGUCGUCGCUGUCACUGGUCAGGUUCCCCGCCGCAUGAUCGGCACUGACGCCUUCCAAGAAACACCCAUCGUUGAGGUCACCCGCUCCAUCACCAAGCACAACUACCUUGUCCUCGACGUCGAUGACAUUCCGCGGAUCAUCAAGGAAGCCUUCUUCCUCGCCACCUCCGGUCGUCCAGGCCCCGUACUUGUCGACAUUCCUAAGGACAUCCAGCAGCAGAUGACCGUACCUGACUGGUCCACCCCAAUACGCCUCCCUGGAUACGUCUCUCGCCUUCCAAAAGCCCCAGAAAGGCCUCAUCUUGAACAGAUCUUCCGGCUGGUUUCCGAGUCUCGCCGCCCGGUUCUCUACGUUGGCGGCGGCUGCAUCGAUGCCAGUGCCGAGCUUCGCCGCUUUGUUGAGCUUACUGGCAUCCCCGUCGCCAGCACUCUCAUGGGCCUCGGUGUUUACCCGACGGAUCACGAGCUUUCUCUGAAGAUGCUCGGGAUGCAUGGGACCGUGUAUGCCAACUAUGCUGUUGAUCGCUCUGAUUUGCUGCUCGCUUUUGGUGUCCGUUUUGAUGACAGAGUCACUGGAAAGCUCGAAGCUUUUGCGAAAAGGGCAAAGAUUGUGCACAUUGAUAUCGAUCCUGCAGAGAUUGGGAAGAACAAGCUGCCGCAUGUCUCCAUAUGCGCUGAUAUCAAGGUGGUACUGGAAGGGUUGAAUACUGUGUUGCAGGACAAUGAUUCAAAGUUUGAUUUUUCAGAAUGGAGGGAGGAGUUGAAUGAAAAGAAGAAGGAGUUCCCAUUGACUUACAAGAAUUUUGGGGAUGCAAUACCGCCUCAGUAUGCUAUUGAGGUGUUGAGUGAGCUGACGAAUGGUGAGGCGAUUAUAUCGACAGGGGUCGGCCAGCAUCAGAUGUGGGCAGCACAGUAUUAUACCUAUAAGAGGCCGAGGCAGUGGUUGACCUCUGCGGGAUUGGGAGCUAUGGGCUUUGGACUGCCUGCUGCUGCUGGUGCGGCGGUUGGGAAUCCUGGAGUCACUGUUGUUGACAUUGAUGGUGAUGGGAGCUUUUUGAUGAAUAUUCAGGAGCUUGCAAUGAUUCGGAUAGAGAAUUUACCUGUUAAGGUCAUGGUGUUGAACAAUCAGCAUUUGGGGAUGGUGGUGCAAUGGGAGGAUAGGUUCUAUAAGGCGAAUCGAGCUCACACUUAUUUGGGGAAUCCUGCAAAUGAGACGGAAAUAUAUCCUGAUUUUGUGCAAAUUGCCAAAGGGUUCAAGAUUCCUUCUGCUCGUAUAACAAAGAAGGAAGAUGUUAGGGAGGCGAUUAAGAUGAUGUUGGAAACACCGGGUCCGUUCUUGUUGGAUGUGAUUGUGCCUCAUCAAGAACAUGUUUUGCCUAUGAUCCCGAGUGGCGGGGCUUUCAAAGAUGUCAUUGUUGAUGGAGAUGGGAGAUCAUCAUACUGAGUCUGGCAUGGAUUAGGUAUAUGUAGUUUUGUUUGUAAUAAUAAAGCAAAGAAUCUUAGGAGUUAAUCGGCUCUAUCUGACGGUUGUUUGCUUUGCUGCCCCUUUGUUGGUACUAUGUUUAUGAAGAUUAGCUUGUUAAUUUUAUGUAAUGAUGCUCUAAUAGUCUCCUGUUGUCUUUUGGAUA